AUGCUGUCUCACGCCGAUCUCCUGGACGCCAGGCUAGGUAUGAAAGAUGCCGCCGAGCUUCUGGGCCACCGGGAGGCGGUGAAGUGUAGGCUGGGCGUGGGGGGCUCUGACCCUGGAGGCCAUCCAGGGGACCUGGCCCCCAACUCGGACCCGGUCGAAGGAGCCACUCUGCUGCCGGGCGAGGACAUCACCACCGUGGGUUCUACUCCUGCUUCGCUGGCGGUGAGCGCCAAAGACCCGGACAAGCAGCCGGGGCCCCAGGGCGGCCCCAACCCCAGCCAAGCCGGCCAGCAGCAGGGCCAACAGAAACAGAAGCGCCACCGGACACGCUUCACCCCAGCGCAGCUCAACGAAUUGGAGAGGAGCUUCGCCAAGACUCACUACCCCGACAUCUUCAUGCGUGAGGAGCUAGCGUUACGUAUCGGGCUGACCGAGUCGCGAGUGCAGGUCUGGUUCCAGAAUCGCCGCGCCAAGUGGAAGAAGCGCAAGAAGACCACCAACGUGUUCCGCGCGCCCGGCACGCUGCUGCCCACGCCCGGGCUGCCCCAGUUCCCCUCGGCCGCCGCCGCCGCGGCCGCCGCCAUGGGCGACAGCCUGUGCUCUUUCCACGCCAACGACACCCGCUGGGCGGCGGCGGCCAUGCCCGGCGUGUCCCAGCUGCCGCUGCCGCCCGCGCUCGGCCGCCAGCAGGCCAUGGCGCAGUCGCUGUCCCAGUGCAGCCUGGCGGCCGGGCCGCCGCCCAACUCCAUGGGCUUGUCCAACAGCCUGGCGGGCUCCAACGGCGCGGGGCUGCAGUCGCACCUCUACCAGCCCGCCUUCCCCGGCAUGGUGCCCGCCUCCCUCCCCGGCCCCAGCAACGUCUCCGGCUCGCCCCAGCUCUGCAGCUCUCCGGACAGCAGCGACGUGUGGCGGGGCACGAGCAUCGCCUCCCUGCGCCGCAAGGCGCUCGAGCACACAGUCUCCAUGAGCUUCACCUAA